GAUUGUGGGAGGGUCAGCCCUGUGCUGUAUAAAUAAACAACCGGGACGCGCUGCGAGACAAGUGGGUGACACGACUUGAAGACGCAAACUUUUUCACCAAAACGACCCGCCAUGGCAAACAGAAUUACGAUUGUGGCCGUGGACCCGAGAUGCCGUGAGAACAACUCGGCUCACCGCACCCGAGAGAUCGACCUCAAGCGCUUGAUUGUGCGCAGGGGUCAGUCCUUCGCCAUUUCGGUGCAGUGCUCCGAGGAUGUGCGCCAAUGCACGGUGGCUUUGGACCUCCAUCUUGGCAAGCGAGAGGAGGUCACGAUCAGCGUGAAGACGGAGAAAGGCGCAAGCAGCGAUUGGUGGUUUACCCAGCGGAGAGCCUACGAUGAACUUCUGCUGACUCUGUACAGCCCGGCGGACGCCAUCGUCGGCCCUCACCGUCUGGCUGUGUCGCUGGUGUGCUCGGCGACCGGACGCGUGCUGGAUGCCGACGCGAGGACCAAGUUCCACCUGCUCUAUAACCCGUGGUGCAAAGAUGAUGCAGUGUAUCUUGCUGAUGAGAUGCUCAAUCAGGAGUAUAUUAUGAAUGAGAAUGGCAUCAUUUACAUGGACAAUUGGGACGCCAUCACUCAGAGACGUUGGAACUUUGGACAGUUUGAGGACAAGGUGAUGGACAUUUGUUUUGAAAUUCUGGACAACUCCAGUGAGGCCAUAAGAGACUCGAAGAAAGACCUGAAGCAAAGAUAUGACCCCGUCUACGUCAGCAGGGUUGUCACUGCCAUGGUGAAUGCCAAUCGCGACAGGGGUGUGUUGCAAGGCCGCUGGGAGGAGCCGUACUCUGACGGAGUGGCGCCUUACAGAUGGAUAGGCAGCGUUUCCAUCCUCCAAAAGUGGAGCGACGGCGGAGCCAGGCAGGUCAAAUACGGCCAGUGCUGGGUCUUUGCUGCUGUCACCACUACAAUACUGCGCUGCCUGGGAAUCCCAGCACGCAACAUUACCAACUUUGAUUCUGCCCAUGACACCGACGGAAACCUUUCUUUGGACUACCUGGUCGAUGAAGACCUGAAGAUUAUUAAAAAAGGACGCUCAGACAGCUCAUGGAACUUUCACUGUUGGGUUGAGGCCUGGAUGAGGAGAGAUGACCUCCCACAGGGAAAUGACGGCUGGCAGGUUUUGGACCCAACCCCUCAAGAAUUGAGUGACGGUGACUUCCGCUGUGGUCCAUGUCCUGUUAAGGCCAUCAAGGAGGGAAAUCUGGGCAUCAAGUAUGACGCUCCGUUUGUAUUUGCGGAGGUGAACGCUGACAUCAUCCACUGGAUGGUCCGAAAAGACGGCCAGCAUCAAAAGAUCAGAGUGGACCAGUUCAGCAUCGGCAAGAACAUCAGCACCAAAAGUGUUUUUGGCAAUCACAGAGACGAUGUCACUCAACAAUACAAAUAUCCUGAAGGCUCCGUGAACGCGAGAGAGGUGUACGCAAAAGCUCAGCGUGCAAUCAGAGAGCCGUCCCCCGAGAGGCCGGAAUCAGAGAAAUUUUUGUUGAGCGUCAAACCCGGAAAACUUGUGUUUGGAUCAGAUGUCGACAUUGUUGUCGAGUUGAUGAACGACGGAGGAAAAAACGCCGACGUUCGUCUGAACAUGGCAGUCACAGCAGAAACGUACAACGGUAUCCACCUUGGGAUGGUGCAGAGGGAAACCAAGCAGAUUUCUGUGCGCGCCAACCAAGUUCACAAGGAGGUGGUGCGAGUGGGCUUCGACGACUAUGUCAAGUACAUCUCCGGACAGCAACAACUGAAGAUGACAGCAUUGUUGGCAGCCGAGGGACUGAGGAGACCCAUCAUGGCCAUGGGCAGAAUGUCACCUGUCAUGCCUCAAGUCCUUGUUGAGGUUUGUGGCAAGACUUAUCAAGGACAGCAAGCAACCUGCUCCAUCUCCUUCACCAACCCUCUCAAGGUGCCUCUGAAGGGGGGCGUUUUCAACGUGGAGGGGGCCGGCCUAUUGGCUUCCACUGAGGUCAAGGUGAACUCCGACAUCGGCCCCGGCCAGAAGGCGCUCGUCAAACUCGCCUUCAUCCCAUUUCGGACUGGCGUCAGGAAACUUCUGGUUGACUUCUUCUCAGAUGGGAUCAAAGACGCGAAGGGAGAUGCUACAGUGAUGGUUCGCAAAUGAAGGAGCGAAAUGGAAUCAUAGAAAUCGAGUCGGAAGUAGAAUCAGUCACCAGUUGAGUCAUUUGGCCUCGAAGGACGCUUCCGUCUCGAUCGCAUGAACAACGAGCUGUCACUCUACCAGGAGGCAGUUGAUUUCGUCUUCAAAUAGCUUGCUUGCCUAUAAUCGUUUGACACGUUUGCUUGGCGCGGGGAUUUUAAUCAGACUAAUCCGAGAUAACAAAGCCACGAUCACAAAUUGCGGGAUUUUUAAAAAAUGAAAAGUUUGUAUGUCUGCGUGUGUGCGCUUGUGAAAAGAGCGCUUCUAAGUAGCCUCUUUGGAAACGGCUCUCCCUCCCGGCUCCACUAUAGUGUCUGUUGUUGUUUUCCUGAUACUCUGUCAAUACAGUUGAAAGUCAUAAACGCAUGCUUGGGUAUCUCA